AUGAUACAGACAUACAUUGUAUUUUGGAAGAAGUUUGAUGAGAUGGCUGCCCCUGUAGGCCGAGACCAUUGGAGGCUGCUGGAGGCAGGGGGCGGAGCGGGUUCUCCAGGAGUCCUGACCGAAAGCGCUCGGCUGCGGAGCUGGGCGCUGGGCGCCGGGCGCCGGACACCGGGCCGGAGCUGGGCGUGCGGGCGUGCGGACGGCCGCGGAAGGAGGACAGGAGGGUCCCGGCUCGGAAAGAGUCUCGAAGGGGGCGUAUGGUGCGGAGGCUGCUACCUGGCCGGGUCUCCCGUGGGCAGUCCCAGUUUUCCCUUGGCGUUGGCCGCUGGGAGCCAGCAUCUGUCAACGCUCGCUCCUCCUCUCCCCUCCUCCUUCGGUUGGGCCGGGCUGUGCUGGUGGGGGACGCGGGACCGGCGUGGCGAGCCCAUCAGCUGUCAGGCGGGUGACGGAGCGACCGACGGAGGCGGUAGACACACAAAGAACGCUGUGAGCGGCGGCAGCGAAAGGGGGCGGCAAUUUCGGGACAGCAACUCCCGGCCGCACCCGCUCGUGCCGCCGCCGCUCAGACUGGGUCCGAGGCCGUGGAGACAAUGCGGCCGGGCUGAGAGUGUCGGCCCCUACUUGAUGGUGCCCCGGUUCGCCCAGCCCCCUCCUUGGUGGCCCGGCUCCCGGCCGGGAAAGGGGCGCCCCCUCGUUCUCGCGGCCGGUGUAGGAAGUCGGUCCGCGGCCGCGGAGCCCGACAACUUGCGAGCCGGGAAAAGUUUGCGGCCCCUCCGCGGGGUGGCGCGGCCCGCCCCUGGCAUCCGCGGUCACCGCCGGUGACUUUCUGGACUCGUCGUCGGCCAGGACGGCGGCGUGGACAGCGGGGACUGCGGGGAGGGCCAGAGUCCGUCCGAGGGCUCCGGCUCCUGGGGCUGCGGCCCUGGAGAGUUGCUGUAGAAGAGGGACAAGAGAGGAAGACAACACAGGAGGAGAUAAGUAGCUCUGGACACAAGGGAAGGUCACACCACUAAAUAGCAAUUGCUGAGCAGAGGGAAAGGGACAAGAGAAGAAUGUAGACUGCAGUGCCAGUUAAUAACCUGGGCUUCUUCCUGUGUUGCCCAGGCUCAGGUGCUGCCUCCUCUCCCCCUCACUUUCAUACCACCUUGUUUAGCACUGUAUAUACUUUUUUGACUUACUCUGAGAGAUACUAUGUGGUCAGCCUCAAACUAUUAAUCCUGGUUUUGUAUUUUAGUAUCAGUAAUCCUCAACCUUUCAGGGGCUUGGGAUGGAAGCUUUCUCUUGGGAAUCUUAAAUUUUAUAAUUAUUCAAAGGAAGAGUUUUCUAGCUUAACCCCUUAGGAAUACAUCCAGAAUUCAACUGCAAAUUUGCCUUUUCAGAGAAGUAUAUGCCAUCAAGAUAUGGGGACAUGAUCAGAGAGACUCUUGCCCCUGACUUUUAAAAACGCUUUUACUUUCUAGAGCUCUUACACUUUCUUCACAUCAGCUCACAUUUUCCUUAUACUAACCCUGUAAAAUAUGAUUAACAUUACUAGACCCCUAUGAGGCACCACAGAUGUUUCUCUUUUCACACCUCCAUUCUGUCUUGCAAACUUAUUGCUGUGCUAGUCUUUGCUAUCUGCACAUUAGCUUUCCAAAAUAAAAAUUUUUUAUUUAGUUUCUGUUUGUCCCCCAGUUAAUGAACCUCCUAUGCCUCGCUUAUACAGUGAUCUUGGAACCAGGUUGUUAGGUUCUCUGAAAGCUUUCUCUCAAUAGUCCAUGGAACAUGGGCAGCUCACUCACUACAGUGCUUUAGCCCAUACUGCUUCCCUCAUUCAUGAUGCUUCCUCUCAGACUACCCAGAUUCUAUCCAUUCUUCAAUUUCUAUCUCCUCCUUGAAGCCUUCCUAGGUCAUUUACACCUUAAAAGUUCUAAUCUUCCUCUGACAUCCAAUGGUAGCCACACCUAUUUUGUUAAUUAUAAUCUGGUCUUAAAAGUCCUAAUGAAGGGAAAGUAUGUGAUAGAUUUGGUAUAGGGAGAAAAACACUAAGCUAAUUAAGUUUUAAAGGUUGAGGUCUGCUAAGUAGCUCUGAGAGCUAAUCCAGGUUGCUCUACCUUAGUUCUACAUUUCUCAAGCUGUGAUUGUGGAGAGGUUUGGGCCAGGUGAUGUUGAUGGUUCUCAUUGUGAGGUUCUAGGACAACUUGGCUUUCCUUAUGUGGCAUGGGAUUAAGGCUUUUACUGCAUUCUUGAAUGAAAAAUGCCAGGAAUGGGCACUCAGUGCUUUUAAGACUUGGUCUAUCCCACAGAUUGCUAAUGUUAAACUUGUCAGUUUUUGAAUGCCAUGUACCUUUUUUGGUAAUCUUUUUAAGCACCAUCAUUCAAGAAAGGUUAGUAGGGGAUGUAUUAAGUAGUUGGAUAAUGAAUGUAUUAGGGACAAUAAAGGGUUGUCUUUGUAAAUGACUUUUUAUGAUAGAAUAAAUAAGGUCAGCUAAUUGGAUAAACCUUAGUCUUAACAUUUACAAUGUAGUUUGCAUUUCAACUUCAGUGGAUAUGGCUAUAUAAUAAAUAAGUAUAUUUUCUUCAUAAUUAUUUUAUAACUUGAAAUACAUUUAAAUGGUCACAACUCUAGGGUAGAUGCUAGAGGCCUUUGUAUAGUAAUCUGACUGGUGACAUGUUGUGUGUACAUAUAUCACGUGCAUAUUACCCUUGAAUUAAGAUGGGUACGCCUAAGGUAUUAUGUGCUAUUAUACAUUGACUAUUCUUAAGAAGAAUAUGUCUUUAAGGUGUGUUGACAUUUAAUUGACCUUUGCAAGUUCAUUCUGUUAAUCAUACUCAAAGUGCUAACGCUAUGGUUGACUGCUCUGGUGUUUUUACAUUCAGUCGUGCCUAGCAUAUAAAUUCUUCAGCAUAAUUGCUACUUAUUUAGCCAGAGUUUCCUUUCUUCUCUGAAAAUCUGAGUUGUGUUUUAUUUUUCUGUCUUUUUAAAAAAAAUUUGCCUCAGGCUGCAUAGUACGAGAGGUUUGAAUUGAAAUGUUUUCCUGUCAUUAGUUGUGUGGGGUGUGGUUUCUUAAUAUAAGAGCAAUGGAAAUUUUUUGCUUAGUUAAAGUGUACUUUUCUUCUGGCAGCAGUCAGAACUUUUCAAGGUGUAAUGCUAAUAUUUAAAGAAGCUUAACCCUUCGAUACUACAUAUUUUUAACAUAAACUUUUAGAAAUCUUUCAAUUCUUUUUGUAUAGAUUAAAACUAUCGUGCUAUUACUUUUAUUAAACAAAGACUCAGUGGGUCUAUUUUCAUAGCAAACUAAUUAUAUUCCUUGAAUUUCUGUGAGUGGAAUUUUAUUAUAAAUGAUGUAUUUGUUUUUAAAAAGUCAAAUAUAUUUAUUUUUCAU